AUGAAAUUGCCAAGGGCUGGUUUGUUUACGUUGAUUUUGCUAACAAGGUUCACAGAUGGUUCGGUUGGUGAUGGACAUCAAGUGUAUUUGAAGUGCGUAGGAACUUGCAUUGUAAGAUAUGACUGUCCUCGAGAACCGGAUGCUUUUGGCUGGAUCUUUGGUGAGUGCUUCAGGUGCCGUCACACUUGUAUAUGGAGAACUGCCAAUUAUUUUACUGAUGUUUUACAUCUCUCCAUACCACAAUUUUAUGGCAAAUGGCCUUUUACAGCUAUAUGGCUGCCAAUUAUCGUACCAGUCCCAAUUCAUGAAUUUGGCUCCGUUGUGUUUUCUAUACUAAAUUUACUUACAACUUAUUCAUUAUACCGAACAGUUAGACGUCUUCACCGGUUAGCUCGUUUAAAAUUAGUGUGGACUGCAUAUUCGAUAAUUGGAAUCAUGAUGUGGUCAUGUUCAACUGUUUUUCAUUGGGCAGAUUUCUGGUUAACCGAAUAUUUAGAUUAUUUCACAGCUUGCGCAUUCAUCGUAUUUGCCCUUUUUACUAGCAUUUCUUUCACUAUUAAAAAACUUCAGAAUAGUUUUAAAGGAAAAAUCAUAUGGCUGCUGUUGUUUGUAAUCUUGUUUUAUCUUUAUGCAGCACAUAUAUAUAGCCUUACAGUUUUUUUCGACUACGGUUAUAAUAUGAAAGUUUGCAUUGCAUGCUCUUUGCUCACGGCAAGUAUUUACUAUAUGUGGCUGUUUCAACAGUGGUUGCAAAGAGACCAUUCUAACAGACAAUCCUUACUAUAUUUAGGAAUGUUGCUGGAUUUUAUGCCGAUAUUUGGAUUAUUUGAUGCGCACUCGUUAUUUCAUCUUGCCACUGUACCAUUGCCAUUACUGAUGGCUCGUUUUAUUGUACUCGAGAGUGCAUAUGAAAUGCGCCGGCAGUUAGGAAGCAUCAAAUUGGCUUGA